GCAGUGAAAUCCCAGAAUCCUAACCACUAGGCCACCAGGGAACUCCCUGAAUAAUUUUUUUUUAAAGUCACACAAAUUAUAUGUUUCUAAAAUACAAUGGUGGGACAGGCACAGGAUGGACACUCUCAUUCCAAAAGGGAGAAAUAGGAAAGAAGAAAGGAGCGACCAGUCCCAAGUAUGUUCAAAAUCUUAAGGCAAGAGAAUAAUUAAUUCUCUUUGGCUCCGUGUUCUUCCCUCUAGGCACACUGGGGAUUUUGUUUCACUUCCGGAUCCAUUGGAGUGAAGGUCCUGCCUUCCAGAUACACUGGGCUGGCAGUUCUAGGUUGGACACCCAAGACUCCUGGAGGCCUGCCCCAUGGUUUUGCUGAGCACAGCCCACACUGCAGUUCUCAUGGACUGAAGUCAUAUGCCUGUGGCUCCCCAGGCUUAAAUAAUGUGCAGUGGUUCUACUAGUCUGGGGUCCUGGAAGUGACCUGCCCCCAUGGCUCUGCUGGGUACUACCCUAGUGUGUGCUCUGUAAGGUGGCCGCCUCUCCAGGGUCAUAGGCCCUCGGCUCCAGUAAUCUCCAUCCUUCAAAAUCUGGGUGGAAUUUGCACACCAAUGGAGAAUGCCCAGCGUGGACACUGCCAAAGCCUGCUGUCUGUGCCUUCUAGAGGAGUGGCUACUGUUGCCUGUGCUGUGGAGUGCUGGGAAUGGAACCCAAGUGUGUGGCAACUCUGUCAUGCCUCUGAUAAGGCAUGAAAAGGUCCAGAAGGCACUGGAGACCCCUCCUUUGAAAUUGAUCUGAUGAUCUCUGGAUCACCCUUUGGAGCAAGGGGGUGAUUCUGCUAUUGUCUUGUACAUAGCUCCUGACUUGUGGAGAUGACUUACUAAUCUUAUCAAGUGGUUUGCUUGACCACAUCCUUAGUGUUCUAUUCAGACCAUGCUUUCUCAGUCUUUUCUAUAUGGAUGGCCUGGGAAUUUUCCAAAUCUUUAAAGUUCCACUGUUCUUUGAUGAAUAAUUCCAUCUUUAAAUCACUUUUCUCUUCCUACAUUUUACUAGAAGCUUAUAGCAAAAGGAAAUAAGCCAGCCACUCCUUCAACACUUUGCUGAGAUAUUUCCCCAGUUAAAUAUCCAACUUAUUUUCUAAAGUUGUACAUUCCACAAAACACUAGGACACAAACCCACUCCAGCCAAACCCACUCCAGCCAAUUUCUUUGCUACUUGAUAACAAAUGGCUUUUCCUCCAUUGUCCAAUAACAUAAUCCCCAUUUCUGCCUCAUUAGUAUGGCCUUUCCAGUCCAUAUCCUACCAAUCUGUUCAAGAUUACCUAGGUAUUUUCUAAGGUAUUUUCUAAGGAGGUUGGGGGUUUUCUAUGCAACUUUUCUCUUUUCUUUCUAGGCUGUCACCAAGAGUCUGUCCACAGCACUGUAGGCUUUCUAGUCUUCUGCUCAAAACUCUUCCAAUCUCUAUCCAAUACCUAGUUCCAUGCCAUUCACACUAUUUCAGGUAACUGUUACCUACAACAGUACUUCCAGGAACCGAUUUUAUGUUAUAUUAUGUUAAGGCAGCAAAACACCAUUAUUGGGUGACUUAUACAUAAGAGAACUUUAUUUCUCAGUUCUGGAGGCCAGUAAGUCCAAGAUCAAGGCACCAUCAGAUUUAAUGUCUGGUGAGAAGCACUUCCUGGCUCAUAAAUGACAUCUUCUCACCAUAACCACACAGGGUAAAAGGGUGAAGGAUCUCUCUGAGUCAUCUUCUAUAAAAGCACUAAUCACCUUCCAAAGACCCCACCUGCUAAUACCACCACCUUGGGGGUUAGGAUUUAAAACGUUCAUCUUGAGCACACCCCAAUCAAGAUUCAGAAGUUUCCCAUCACUCCAGAAACUUCCCUCCAUCCCUCCCUUCCCUCACAUCACGAAAACAGUGAUUUAAAUUCUAUUCCCCUAUAUUACUAUGGACUAUUCCAGAACUUCACACAAAUGAAGUCCUAUAUGAAGUUUCUUUGGUCUGAUUUCUUUCUAUCAUCAUAAUAUCUAUGAGAUAGAUACAUCCAUGUUCUUACACAUGUUGGAAACUUGUUCAGAUUUAUUGAGGAUUAUCCCACUGAAUGAAUAUGCCAUUUUGUUUGCCAUUCAUCUAUUGAGUACUGGUUGUUUGUUUCCAGUCUCUGGAAUAAACUUGUGAAUAAUGCUGCUAUGAAUAUCCACAUACGAAUCGCUGUGGGGAACGUCCUAUGGCUGGAAUCACUGAGACGUAGGGCAAGUAUAAGUUUAACUUUAUUAGAAACUAUUAUUAUCCAGCCUACCUUUUCUACUCGUGACACUAUUUAUUCUUUUGUUCCGUAAAUCACCCCCAACACAUUCCAUUUUUAUGAAGUAUGAGAGAAUCUGAUUCUUUCCUCAAAAUUCUUACAAAAAGAAGCUUCCACUCUCCUCUCCAUUUCAUAAUUUCUUGAUUACAAAUUGAAGCCUUGUCUCAUUUUGGUUUCAGGGAAAAAAUGUCAAUCACUGUCUUAAAAUUGCACCAAACCACUGAUUCUUCCCCUGUGACUUCUCCAAGAGACCGUGGGACCAUUCAGCCCAAGCUAUACACUCCAUUUUUCCUAAUUUCUCCCAUGUUUCCUCCUCUCUAAGAGCCCUGUGCCAGGAUCCCCAGGAUCACUUAGCACAGCCCCUCCCCCUCAUGAAUACACCAUUGUUAUGUAAGAGCUUCCCCCUCCCUCCUCCACCUCUCUGGGGAGGCCCAGCCUCCAGCCUCUCUCUGCUCUCCUCAGGACUAGACUGCUGUUUAGCAGUUGCUGUUGCAGGGAUAGUCUUGCCUGCCUCCCGCUGGAGUGGAUUUCUUUGGUCACAGGCUUCUUCACUCAUGGGGCCUGCCUGGGCCCAGGCCCACCUGGCAGGUGAUCUCUGGCUGCCUCUGCUCUGGCUACUCCUGUUUCCGACCUGCUGCUCCCAUGACCCCCCAGGUUGGCGCUUCACUUCCUCUGAAAUUGUGAUCCCCAGGAAGGUGUCCCACAGAGUGCGUGGAGCUGCAACACAAGGCCAGCUCUCCUACAAGAUUCGCUUCAGUGGCCAAAGACACGUGCUUCACAUGAGAGUCAAGAAGAGCUUGCUGCCCAGGCAUUUUCCUGUUAUCACCGAUAACGACCAAGGCGCCAUGCAGGAGGACUACCCUUUUAUCCCCCGAGACUGUUACUACUUUAGCUACCUGGAAGGGGUUCCUGGGUCCAUGGGCACACUGGACACCUGCUAUGGGGGUCUGCAUGGCAUGCUGCAGGUGGAUGACUUCACUUACGAAAUCAAACCACUGGAGGCUUCUUCCAAAUUCGAGCAUGUGAUUUCUCAGCUUGUGUCGCAAAAAACACCAGCAGAGGAUGCAAAAUGUAAGAUUGAAAGGGAAGAUACAAAUCAAGCAUAUGAGGAGGCGAUGACUGCUGAGAUACCUAGAGCAGGUCCUGCGUAUUUGUGGUGGCCGCAUAGGAAAUACUUAAAACUUCACUACACAGUUUCUAGAUCAUUAUUUCUUAAGGACACUAAUCAUACACAUAUAAUAGAGAAUGUAGUGAUUAUAAACAACAUAUUGCAUACCAUUUUCUACCAGGGUCAACUUCAGGUUUUGAUUCGUCUUAUGUGCAUAUGGGAUCGCUCGGAUAAGGUGAAUUUACAUAAGUGGCCUAAUGCUGCAACUGCAGUAAGGGAAUUUGGUUUAUGGAAAUGGUGGGGAUGGUUUAAACGAAUUCCUCAUGAUAGUUCAAUGCUUUUCACAGGACAUAAAAUCGCUAGGUCCUCAUAUUUUAGCUCCCAUGAAGGAAUAUGCAACCCCAAUUGGGGAGCAUCGUAUGUAUUUGUUUUAAAUUAUCACAUAUUUUUAGCUGCAACUGUUGCAGCACAUGCAAUAGGUCAUGUUCUGGGCUGUGUACACGAUGGUCCAGGUUGUCACUGUUUUCGAAGAGAUCACUGCAUCAUGGCUCCUGAGCCUGGUCUUCUAGAUAUGAUGAGCAAUUGUACAUAUAGCCAACUGUAUAAGCGGGUUUCUAUGUGGGAUCCUUGUUUGAGUAUACCAAAUGUACCAUACCGUAAUUUUCCUUAUGUAGCUCCUCGCUGUGGUGACAAGAUCAUAAAUCAGAGGGAAGAAUGUGACUGUGGCACCUUAAAAGACUGUGCUAGGGAUCCGUGUUGUCAGAACAAUUGUUCCCUCACCCGUGGCAGUGAUUGCAAUGAAGGAAGUUGCUGUGUUAAGUGUAAAUAUGCUCAACCUGGAACUCUUUGCAGAGAUACUCUUGGUAUUUGUGAUUUACCAGAAUACUGUAACGGGACAACGCAUGUUUGUGCAGCUGACACUUAUAUCCAGGAUGGAACCCCAUGUUCGCCAUUAGCUGUUUGUGUGAAGGGAAACUGUAGUGACCGUGAUAUGCAGUGUCAAGCCCUCUUUGGCUAUAAAGUAAAAGAUGCUGCACCAGCAUGCUAUAAAACAUUGAAUAUCUUAGGUGACCGAUUUGGGAACUGUGGUGUGAGGGUGCUUCGAGGAGGAGGAAGACCUGUAAAAUGUGAAAAAGAUGAUGUUCUGUGUGGAAUGCUGCACUGUGCUAAUGUGAAGGUACUUCCUGGUGGUGGGGAGCACACUACAUUUCAUCAUAUAGUAGUACAAGGUACUAAACCAGAAAGCUGCUUUGGGUACGAUGCCCACUUUGGGACAGACUCACCAGAAAUGGGGCUUGUAGUGGAUGGUGCAUCAUGUGGCCCAGGAUCAUACUGUAAGAACCAAAACUGUACUUCUUUUCAAGACCUGCGUUUUGACUGUGAUGUCAAGAUGUGCAAUUACAGAGGGGUAUGCAACAACCGAAGACAUUGUCACUGUCAGCGAGGCUGGAAACCACCAAAUUGUAGCAAGAAAGGACCAGGCGGCAGUGUAGAUAGUGGCCCCCCACCUGCCAGAGAAAUAGGUAUUCGAGCCAGGCUACUAGAGAAUAUAAACAGAGGAACAACUCUACUGCUUCUUCGUCAUUCCCUUCUUUUGCUUUCAGCGGUGAUAGGUGCCUUUUUCUAUGUAAAAGAUACUAUGGAAAACGAAAAACUGUUGGAAAAAAUAACCUCUUGAACCCAAGUAAAUACAAACCGGAACACACAAAAUGGAGAAAAUUACUUUGGCACUUACUGGAAGAAAUGAUCGAUAAUCACUCUUACAGGAUUAAUUACGUAAUUCUAUAACUCUUCCCAAGUUGUUAUCUUGAAAUAAAAUGACUUGGCAA